AUGAACAUCAAUUACUUAUAUUAAUAAAUCGAAGACUAGGAUGAAUAGAUCGAGAAGGCCACUAAAGUUAUCGAAACACUGACAGCAGAAGUAAGAAUGCUCCCUAAUACAAGAUUGAAACCCAAUAAAAAGAGAUUAUAAGAUUGAAAUAUGAAAAUGAAUAUUUGAAUUCAUAAAAUAAAAUACUUGAAAAGGAAAAGUUAGCGCUUUAAAAAGAGAGCAAUAAUAUUGAUACCAUUAAAAAAUGUGAAAUUAGAUAAAAGCAGAUUAAUGUAAAUUAAAAGGAAAAAAUAGAGAAAUUCUAAACCUUGUGGGCUCAAUAAGAAUUGAAUUAUAACAAUACAAUAAUUGAAUUAAAUGAAAAUAUUAAAUUGCUUUAAUAGUAAAAUGAAGAAAAACAAAAUGAUUUAGAAUUACUUUAUAAGUAGAGUUAACAACAACAAUUAGCAAUCAAUUAAGUAAUGGAAAUUUUGGAACAAAAAGAAUAGGAAUUGUAACAGUUAAAUUCAUAUCUUAAUAAUCAAAAAGAAAACACAGAUAAUUUCAGUACAAUCUAUAAGUAGGACAUUGAAAAUUUAAAAAAAUUCACAGAAAACUUAUUUAUUUAAUCCGAUAAAAAUAUAAUCAAGUAAGUCAAUAAAAAUAAAGCUUCAAAGAAUAACACAUCAUCCAAAGAUCUUAAUUAAACUCAUCAAAUGGCUUAGUAAUAUAAAGAAGAAUAAAAGGAUGAAUCACAUAUCUAUGAUAUUAUCUUGAGAUAAAGUAAAUAUAUAAAUGAAAUUUAUACUAAGUUAUAGAAUACUAUUUCAAAUGAGUAACUUUCAGAAUUUAUUGUUCAAGUUAAUUAUAUGAGAUAGUAUUUUGAAAUCAUGUAAAAUAAAAUAUAAGAUAUAAAUGUUGAGAGAAAUAUCAUAUAUCAAGUAUAUAAUUUAUAAUACUUUAUAGGCCUAUUUAAAUUUAGCCUAAUAAACUAAAACAUAGUAAUCAUACAUUGAAUAACUAUUGACUAUGAUUAAGAAUUAUUAAAAUACUAAUAACAAUAACGAUGUUGAAGAUAUUAAUAAAAUUGAGGUCUUAGAUAUCAACAUUCUAGAACCUGUUAAUGAAAAUAUGCAAAAGCUAUUAUCAAGUUAUUAGUCUAGUCUGAUAGCUAAAGACGAAGAGAAAAUGUCCUUAGAACAUCAGAAUGUAAAAUUAUAGCAGAAAAUAGAUUUACUUUAAACUCAAUAGUAAUAAUAACUGUAGACAUCUUAAUAAUCUUAAUAAUUAGUUACAUUAUUGUAAAAUCCUAAAAAAUAAACAAAAAAUAACAGUAACGUGAGUAAGAUGGAGUCAUUAGAGAAGGAAAAUUAAUUGUUAAUUGAAUAGUUAAAUGAACUAUCUAAAGAACAUGAGGAAACUGUGAAAAUGCUUGAUAAAGCUAUCACCUAAUUAGAACAAUAAACAGAAACUAUACAAAAAUUUGAAUAAGAAUAAAAUACAAAAUUGAAAAGCAAAAAUAGUUUUAUUGAAACACAGCAGCCUACUACAUAAGUGAUAGAAUCUUAAAUCGAUAAAUUUUUAGAAUCAUGCUCUGUAAUAAAUAUUCAAUAUUAAAGUUAUUACCUCCAUUGAAAUCACAAACAGAUAGCGUAGUUUAGAAAACUAAUAUUUUAAUUGAUCUAGUUACGAUGCUAACAGAUUCUUAACAGUAAAAUAUAAUAUUUAUGUUAGUGACAUCUUAUAAAAACUAUUAGUUACUUUUUUAGUGACAAGAGAUAACAAGAGUUUGUAAGGAUUUGAGAAAGACUUUGCAACUUUAAAAUCUAUUCGACAUAAUAUUGGAAUCUUAGAUUAUUUGGAUUAGUUGGAAUGUUUGAAAAACGAUUUGUUGAAUAUAAUAGAGAAAGAAUUGAAAUGCGAAUAUGCAAUACCUUAUGGGAAAUCUAUUCUUAUAUAAGUACUUAAUUUGAUUGCUUAAAAAUAUAUGGAAAUAGUGUAAAAAGAUACUUAAUCUAUUGAAAAACAGAUGAAGAAAUAUAAGAAUCAUAUUGUAAUCUAUAAAAUGUACAAAUAAUGGAAAGAAUGCAUUUUGGAUUUUAGUGAAAUAAUCUUUGAGAUUAUUGAGAGUAUUGAUCAUAUUGGAUAGCCUUAAUUUGAAAGUAAAUUAAAUUAACAAAUUGAAAAGCUUAACUACAACUUUAUUGAUAAUUUUGAUGAUUGA